AUGGAAUCGCGCUUCACAUCGGUAAACUUAGUCGAACAUGGACGUAUCUCUAGAUGAAUAUAUUGGCAGUACGUCUGGUGCAAAUUUUCGUGUUCAAAUUAGAAAUACUCCAGUUCAGAGAAAUGUUGGUGGAAAUGCUGGAUUUUCUGGACGAGGGAAUGUUCAAGGUCAUGUAAAUAUAAGGGGGCGUGGUCGGGGGCGGGGCGGAGUUCAGCCCAGGAAUCUGAGAGGAGGAAGAGUUGUUGGAAUGUCCAAAGUUCCAAUGGGAGGAAUAAGUACUGGAAAUUUGCGGGGUAGAUCAAGACUUUCUAGGGGUGGAGUGAAUGUUGGUAACAUAUCCAGAAAUCUUACAGUUUCUACUGGACCGAGUGGAUUUGACGCAAGAGCAAAAAUAUUGGCAAGCAAAAAACCAUUAGAUGCUCGAGAAAAACUAUCUUUAAAAGCAAAACAGACUGAUGCCAGGUCAAAGAUUGCAAAUCUCAAAGCAAAGAACACAGGAAAAACAACAAAUGAUGCCAGAAUGUUUAUUUCAAACAAAUUACAGACUGGCCAAGGAGGAAAUAAAGUGAGAUUGGGGACUGGAGGUAUCACAGACAAUAUUUCAAUCAAAAGAACACUUCAAACAGGUCCACAAGGCUCUGCUCAGUUAAGGGAUGGAUCAAUUACUCGUACAAUACCAGGAGGAGAGCCUGCUUCAUCUGUGAGCUUUGGUCAAGGUGGAAAUCCAGUCAUCCAAAUAAAGAACGAUCAGUUCCACAAACCAGCAAAAGCAGCAACGGUAAAGGUUAACAAGUUUUAUUAUGGAGGAGAAGAUGAAGAGGAAGAAGAAGAAGAGGAUUAUGUUCCACAGGUGAAAAAGCCAUUGACAUAUUUAGUGGAAAAGACUCUGACUGUGAAAACACCCCAACUUUUGCCUACUUCAUCUUUUCCACAAACCCUGCCGAAACGGCAGCCGCAAGUUGUGAAAAAAUCAACAGUGAUAUCGACAAAGAAACCUACCCCUAUUCGCUUUGACAGCUCGGAUAGCGAUGUUAUAGAUGACACUCACAGGGAGUUGAAACGUAAGGCCUCCUCGGCCCCCUCCUCUGGGCCCCUGAAGUUGGCCAAGUCAGCAGGGUAUGGACCUGGGGUUCCCUCCCUGUCGUUGGAUGGACCCAAAGUUUUCAAGUCAGCCAGUGUACCAGAAGACGACCUCCUAACUGAGACACAGUUGGCAUCUACAGUUGGAUUUAGAGUCAUUGUAUCCAAUCUUCACACUGUUGUCGUUCAGAAUGAUAUCAUAGAACUGUUUGGUGCUAUUGGACCAAUCAAGAGGGCCAGACUGUUGAAGGAGGGGGUGGCGGAAGUGGUGUACCUGAAUAAAGAAGAUGUCCAGAAAGCCAUCCAGAAGUACAACAACAGAGAGCUGGAUGGAUUGCCAAUGCAGGUGAAAUUGUAUACUCCACCAAAGCCUAAGAAAGCAGCUCCCGAGAAUAUUGUAGGCAAUGUGAAGGAUGUGGAGGGUCCACUCAAACUUGGAAAAGACAACCCGAAAAAAGGCUCUGAUGUUGAUUUAGGAGUACUACACAAAGCGUUGUUCAAGACUGGCGCUCCAAACAAGACCAAAGUGUCGUUCACAGUCAAAGUGUAGCAAUGUCAAGGACUUUCACACUUCAACCUCGCUCAGCUGCAAAACUGUGAACAUGGCCUUUAAUAUCAACCAAAAUGACAGAUAAAUGUCGCAAUAAAACAGGACUGUACUGUGAAUCAUCAUCUGAAGUUACUGUGUGUUACUGUAAAUCUGUGUGUUCUGUUUUGUUUUGUUUAAAUAAAACAACGAUUAAGCAAAAAUUCAUCCUUCUGUGAAAAAAUGAGAGAUACAUUUGACUGUAGCAGUCAAUUUUUGCCCAUUAGGAUGACCAUCUUUUCAUUUCAUUACCCACAUAGAACUCAAGAAUUGCCUCAUUGUCUCAUUCUAAUCUUGUUUGUCGACAUUGCAUAUUUCUACCAUACUUGUCAUUUCCUACUCACCCAUAACUCUGUUCUUUAUGAUGACCACCCCUCAUGCAUUCCAUGUUUACAGUUUUGCAGCUAGCUUAUAGACACUUAUAAAUGUAGGCUCUUACUAGACACGUUUCUGCCCAGUGCUGUUUUUGGGAUGAGAUGGUACCUGGACAAUUGAAUUCAAGACAGUGAAUGUUAAUUUUUUGAUUAUCAUUUUUCAUUCUGCUUUCAUUAUGUACAUUUUCAUUUAUCUAGUACAUGUAAUUAGAUUUUUUUUUUCAUUUCUUGUUCAUGAUGAUAUGCUUUGUUUUAAUCCUUGAAUGUGUAUGAUGUACACUGAUUGGAUUAAAUGUAUUAUGAAAAGAUU